AUGAAGAAGUUGGAAGACCAAGUUGAGGCUGCCAUCAAGGCCCAAAAUGUUGCCGAAGAAAAAGCAGAAUUUGCCGAGGCCAUAAAGAAGGUUCUUGAGUCUGAAAAGAGGGAGGUUGAGGAGAAAACGGCCCAGGCCCAGAAAGAAUUGCAAAAGGCCUUGGCCACGAAGGACGCCGAGCUCAAGGCAGCCGAUGAGAAGGGCUAUAAUGAGGGGGUGGCUGAUGUUACGGUGGACUAUGAAAAGCAAGUAAAGCAGGCAUGCAACAAGGAUGAGGAGGGUGGGGAGGUUCCCAAAGAUGCUACAGCUAAAAAGGCAUCAGCCGACGUGAUUCUUGCCAACAAGAGCCUUGAUGAAACCCUUCAAGAAAUUGAUGCCGAGCUUGCAGCGGAAAAGGCUGCCAAGGUGUCUUCCCAACAGUCGUCCGAACUUCAGACCCAACCAUCUGUUGUUGCCGAAGAGUCUUGA